GAGAGCUCGGGGAAAAACAGAAAGGAAAAGGAGGAAGAAAAGAGAGGAGAGAAAAUAAGAGAGGAGAAAGCAGAAAGAGGAAAAAUUUUCGCACGUUCACGAUCCAUGCAACUUGCAAAACCGACUCAACUUCGUUUUUAUAACACCAGUCCGUCAAUUAAUGGUCGUUAAAGCGAGAGCAUUAUCGUCUUACAUCCAUCGGGGAAAGGACGGCUAUAUCAUUCCCUCUCUAUAGGAUUUGGGGAGUGACAGUUGUCCACUUGAGAGAGAGAGAGAGAGAUGGCCUCUGCACCAACUCAAUCGCUUCCAGCGAACGGAGGAGACGGCUUGUACAGUUACACCCGCAACUCCACCUUUCAGGCAAAAAGGGGAGUAGAGAUCGCCAAGGCCUUGAUCAAAGAGUCAAUCGCCGAGAAGUUCGAUGCCAACCGAUUCAUCUCUCCUUUGGCGGCCUCAACCAAACUCUGCAUCGCAGAUUUAGGCUGCUCCGUCGGGCCCAACGCCUUUAUUGCGGUGCAGAACAUCAUCGAAUCCCUUGAACUCAAGUUCAGUUCCGCUGAGGCCAUCGAGUUCCAAGUGUUCUUCAACGACUUCACAUCCAACGACUUCAACACCCUCUUCAGAUCGCUACCUUGCGACCGACACUACUUCGCGACUGGCGUACCCGGAGGAUUUCAUGACCGCCUAUUUCCCAAGGCUUCGAUCCACAUUAUCCAUUGCUCCUAUGCCGUACACUGGAUGUCAAAAGUGCCGAAAGAAGUCAUGGACAAGGACUCGCCUGCAUGGAACAAGGGAAGGAUCGACUACGCAUACGGCCCUCCAGAGGUCCACGAGGCAUACGCAGCUCAAUUCGUUAAAGAUGUGGAGCGCUUCCUCAGAGCCAGAGCACAGGAGCUUGCGUGCGGAGGGCUUAUGGCCCUUCUUGUUCCGUGCCUCUCAUCUGGGACGACUGCCCAGCAAUGCUCAAUCAUAGCAAUGGCUGGUGUCCUAGGUUCCUGCCUUGUUGACAUGGCCACUGAGGGGUUGCUAAGCGAAAACGAUGUGGACUCUUUCAACCUCCCCAGAUACUAUGCUAGUCAGCAAGAGCUGGAAUCAGUCAUAGAGAGAAACGGUUCGUUUAGCAUUGAGAGGAUUGAGCUGCUCGAUCGGGCCAAGACUGACGGAGGGACCAUGAGAGUGCGGACACCGUCCAUGAUCGCCUCAUCCUUUAGGUCAAUCCUGGAGGGCCUCAUCAAGGAGCAUUUCGGGGCCGAGAUAGUGGACGGGUUAUUCUCCCGGUUCGAGAAGAAGAUGGAAGAGUCUUCCGUGCUAUCAGACCCAGGAUACAAGUCGCCCAGCGAACUGUUCAUCCUCCUCAAGCGCAAAGUCGCGUGAUUCCAAAACAUACCGCAUUUGAUUUGAAAUAGAUAAACUCUUGUAUGAUUAGUCCCAUAUGUGUUGUUUGGUGUUGUCCACUGAAGGGUCUGACAGAAGCUCUAUCA